AUGUUAUUACGAACAAUAUUCUUAUGCCUAUGUUAUACAAUGGUGGUGCUUGCCGAGCCACUGAGCCUGCUCAUCGGCGCUGCAAGUUUAGCAGGAGUUGGAUUAUUCGUCGGCUUCAAGGAUAAAAUAAAGUGCAAGAUCACCGAAUGCUGUGAUGCGCCAUAUGUCAGUCCAAAUUUUUACGUUCUGCGCGAGCAACUCAAUCAGCGAGUAUUCGGCCAACAUAUCGUGUUGGAUAGUGUCGUUGAUGCGAUUGAGACGCAUUGGAAUGGACGACCGACAAAACCGCUGGUGAUGUCAUUCCAUGGUUUCACCGGCUGUGGCAAGAACUAUGUAUCACAGAUCAUCGCAGAGAAUAUCUACAAGAACGGGAUGCGUUCGCGCUUUGUACAGAAUAUUGUAGCAACGGCUGAUUUUCCAGAUGGGAGCAGAGUUGCGGAAUACGAGGAGAAACUGCGCGACCGUUUAAUGGACUCGAUCUCUGCUUGUGGGCGUUCGCUGUUUAUCAUUGAUGAGGUGGACAAGAUGCCUGAACGCCUUCUUUCCUCCCUCAAACCUUUUAUGGAUCAUCAUAAGGAAGUCGGAGGCCGCGAUUUUCGAAAAGCUGUUUUCUUGUUGUUGAGUAAUAAGGGCUCCGAAGAUAUCCUGAAAAUCACACUAGCACACCAUGAGGCUGGCCAUGAACGUACUUCUCUGCGCCUGAAAGAUUUCGAAGGCAAAGUGGCCCAUGAAACAUUCAAUAGAGAUGGAGGGUUAAAAAUGUCCGAGAUUAUUUCUAACCAUCUGAUUGACCACUACGUCCCAUUCUUGCCUUUGGAACGCGUGCAUUUGGAAAAGUGCAUCUACACAUAUUUGGAGCGACAAGGCCGGCCGGAUCUUGCCAAACAACAGAAUACAGUGAAGCACGUGGCCGACCAAUUACAGUUCUUCCCAAAGGGCAACCCAAUCUACUCGUCAUCCGGAUGUAAACGUGUGAACGCGAAGGCGGACCUAAUAUUGGCUGAGGAGAACCGAGCUGAUGGGAAAAGCAAGAAAAGUGUAGAUGAACACAAGACGGACGAAAGGGUUAGAGAUGAAAUA